AUGGAGUCGCUGCGCCGGAGCACGUCCCUCCGUACAGUAAGCUGGCCUGUGCAUCAACUCCGGCUGCUCACAGUCCUUCAGGGACAGAUGACAGACGGUGCCACUUUCUGGGCAUGGCACUGCAGAUCGGGGAAUUACCUUCUCCGUUACCUCAUGGCAGAGGGACAAAGCCCCAAAGGAGCUCCUAAGGCUCACACGCCAUAG